AUGUGGGCUUCGGCGGAAUGCUACCUUGACCCCAUCGUUGCACGAACGAUGCGCGAUAUCAAGUGUGAUGUCAUCACCCUUGAGGUUGGCAUUAACAUCCAGACUACAGCGGCCAUGACGAGGCGAGUAUUCAGAUCCGCAUUCGAGGGCUUCGUGGACACAUUGCGUGAUGGGCAUCCGAAGGUUCCGAUUGUGGUGAUCUCACCGCUUUGGUACGGGCCCCUGGAGGAGCGCGCGCCUGUGGGUGGAUCCAGCUUCAUGUCGCUCAAGGAUUUGCGCAGCUGCCUUUUAACGUGCAUAAACACCAUGAAGGCAGGUGGCGAUGAGCAGCUGUUUUACAUCGAUGGCCUCACCCUCCUUGGACGCAGUGAGGAGAAGAUGCUCUUCGACAAGCUACAUCCAGGACCGGAAGGCAACGAGUUGAUCGCCCAACGCCUCCUCGCAUGCUGCAGCGUUCUUGGAAGCUCUGGGAAUACCGCUGCUCCGGCCCCGUCGCCCCAACUUCCGAAGCUGAGCACAGGCGGCUACCUCGUGGACAUGCCUGGUGAGGGAAGGUCGCGUCUCGUGAUCAAGGAGCAAGGUGCUGCUCUGUUGGCAGUUUCGGAACGCCAAGAUUGGCCACCUGCACUCGUUCACCAGCGUGACGAGUUCGUCUUUCUUUGCAACGUUCCUGGGGUCUGGGGCCGAUACACUGACGGACGGGUGCUCUUCAACAACGGUACAGUGUGGCAGAGCAUCCGAGGGCCAUAUGCAGAUCAAAAAGUUUUCCCACAGAUCGCCGGCCUAGGUCUAGUACCGACUGCUGUGUACAUUCAUUUAACACUUCUCCAACAUGUCAUCUUCCCAAGAUGUUGCAGUCACAGCUUCUUCCAACAUGUGCAAGCAUGGUGUUUCCUCGGGCUAAAGGGCUUGUUUGCAGUGAAUGCCAUGGCAAAGAAAAAGUGGACGCAUCCUCGUGCUUUGAAGAAAGGGACUCUUUGUUUGCAGGGAACCAAAAGCUGUCGUGGAGGUGGCAGCUCCAAGAACUACCCUGCCUACACUCCGUCAAGUCAGAAGGAUCCCCCGGAAGCACGCAGAGGUCGUGAGAAACUGGCUCUGACUGGUGAGGCUCUUCGCAAGCUUUCUUCAAGGAAGUUGUUGACUCACUUACAGCAGCUAGGACACGUUCCACGACUGGUCAAAGGAGGUCCGUGUCUUUACUGUGGCAAGCCUCUGUCAAACAAGGGGUGCCCGCCAUUGCCUGUCAUUUUGGCAGGCACUGGAGCGAAAUAUUUUAGGUGCACAAUCAGGCCGUGCAAUCGACAACAGCAUGUUCUCACGGCGAGCCCGGUCUUCAGCACAGGGCGCGGCGAGGAUGUGCUGCCUUUGCGAACGCAGGUGCUUCUGCUCUGGCACAUAGCCUGGAGGACUCCUUUGCGGCAGAUCCGGGCAGAGUUGGGCAUGAACGACAAAAGGAUUGCCGCCGCGCAGAGCAAAUGGCGAUCCGCUCUUGCUGACUACGUGCAGGAGAUGCAAUGCAAGACCCAGGGUGGUGACUACAAGGAGGUAGAAGCGGACGAGUGCGUUGUCAGGAAGCAGUUUGUGGCGGACCAAGUGGCCUGGCAGGGUUGGGUAGGCUCCAAAGAACGAGGAAUCAAACGUUCUCUCGUGCUGGAGAAAAGGCCGUUCGAACGUUCCUUGAGCAAGCGGAAGAAGACCGGCUUUGCGUGCCCGCCUCCGCUCAGCUGUGAGGAAUGGAAGUCAUACUGUACGAAACAUGUGGCAUCUCAGACCAUUCUUCAUGUUGACGGGGCCCAAGCCUAUGCGACCCAGGUUGAUGACAAGGAGAUCAGACGCGAUACUGUUUCCCACUCGAACAAGAAGGGCGGACCCUUCUUCGUGAAAGCCUGCGACCACAAGGGAGUCAAUGGCCGCACUAAGAAGACUUGUGCAGGAACGCAGGCCAUGGAUGGCUACUGGCAGCACUUGAAGCGCUCAUGUCAUGGUGUCAAUGCCAGAUACCCUGACAAAUGUGAUGAUCACAUCAGGGAAUCCCAGUGGCACUCUUGGCUUGGUAGCGAGGACCCUUGGGAAGCCAUGGGCCGUGUGUUGCGCAAACUUCGUGAGCGGUCAGAGCUUGUCAAAAAAACGCAGAGGGGGUGCCGCCGCUGCUGCACGCAGAGUUGA